AUGGUAGAAGAUCAAGAUUUGAUAGAGGUUGUAGAGAGGUACGGGUACGGCACCCACAUAUGGGAAGCUGUAGCCAGAUUUCUUGGAACAAGAACACGCAGAGAAUGUCAAUCUCUGUGGGCUGAGUGGCUCGACCCCCAAAUAAGAAGAGACGAAUGGAGCGAAAUGAAGGAUACAAAGCUUCGAGAGCUGUCUAGAAUAAUGCCAGCUCAGUGGCAGACUAUUUCAGAGAUUUUCAACAGCAGCCGUACUGCAAUGGCUUGCCAACUGAGGCACGCAUUCAUCCUUGAAAACCCACAGAAAAUUUUUGGCCAAGAAGGACCAUCAAGCUUCACUAAAAAAGCUGGCCCAUCACAGAGAACCAACAAUCAGCCGAAAUCAGGGGAGAAGAAGCUUUUCUUGAAGCGUUCAACUCCAAGGAUCAAAAUUGAUUUGGGUUUUGAUGAAUAA